AUGGCACCCAACAUACCCGACCACUGGCUCUGGCUCGGCCUAGGCGUCUUCACCUUCAUAGCCGUCCAACAAGUCUCCCACGGCUUGCAAAACAUGCGCACCCUAACCGCGAUCCACAACCCCCAGAAUGUACCUUCGCAACGCCGCACCAUACCCUCGAGCCCGCGCUCACCCACACACCAGGAGGACGCAAUCAAGACGUCUUCGUUGUUGACCCUCGCCACAAGCCACAACAAUGAUAUUCGUGCUUCGGCCACCAAGAUCCUCUGCACGCGUUUCUAUGCGUCUAAGACAGCAAAGGACCUGCUGAUCAAGGACUUGUAUAGUAAGGACCAGGAGGUGGUGCAUCGUGCACAGUUGGCAUUCAACUUGCUGUGCGACAUGGGCGUGUGGAGGGACUCGUCACUUGCACCGCGCAUACCGAGGGGCGGGUGGCGCUUGAUGGAGAGUCGGGCGCAGGUUGGUGGGGUAGGCAGCUCUGAGCGGGAUGUUCGCCGGAGGAGGAGGGAGGCGGUGGUGAUUAGUGAUGGCGAAGGCACCAUUGCGAGUCGAGGCGUCUUCGCGAGGGAUCAUGAGGGCGAGGACGAUCAGGAUGAUGUUGACUCGCCGGGGCUGCAUUUGAACUUUAUACCGGCUUUCUGA